CGUGUACGCACCGUCUACCUCCAUCGUCAACCAACUGGUCGUCGUGGUAAUCGUCGCCUUGUUGUCCCAGUGAAACCUGCACCACCAAAUCCCUCUUGUCUGGUGUGUAGUGAUACAAUCAAAAAUUCCCAGCUACGCUUAGUCUGUGCACCAGAAAUGCUCACCCUGCGUAUUCUACGUGAUCGUAUUCUAAUCCGACAUUUAGGCAUGUUAGCGCCAGAUGUAGAACUGUCUGAUCGUGGUGUUAUUUUGAUAUCAAGUGAAGAGGGUGAAACAGACGAAG